AUGAAUGCAGCCUGUAAGCCUAUACAAGCAGAUGGAGAAGGCUUUCCUGUGACAGACUGGCUUCAUUCAUCUGGUAGCAAGGCAAGUGUGCACACUCCAUCUGAAAUUAGUCCCUCUUCAUAUAUUGGGGGUAACCUUGCAGAGAUGGAGGAGCGCAACGUGUCUGUUCUGCAAGAAUAUGAGUUCGAGAAGGGUUUUGAUGAGCAAGAGGCUAUUGACUGGAUGCGGGAGAACUGGAGCAAGUCAUUCUUCUUUUCCUUUCUCUAUGUUGCUUUGAUAUUUGGUGGUCAACGGGUCAUGAAAGAGCGAAAAAGAUUUGAACUACGGAGACCGCUCGUCCUUUGGUCGUUUACUCUUGCUGUUUUCAGUAUUAUUGGGGCAAUCCGAACCAGCUGGUAUUUGGGGAAUGUACUUAUCGCCAGUGGUUUCAAGGAAUCUGUGUGUGACAGUGGAUUUUACAGUGGACCAGUUAGCAAAUUUUGGGCUUAUGCAUUUGUCUUAAGUAAAGUCCCAGAACUUGGUGACACUUUGUUUAUUGUUCUGCGCAAACAAAAGCUGAUCUUCCUUCAUUGGUAUCACCACAUCACAGUCCUGCUUUACACCUGGUACACCUACAAGGACACAGUUGCUGGAGGAGGAUGGUUCAUGACCAUGAAUUUCACUGUCCAUGCUUUCAUGUAUUCGUACUACACUUUAAGGGCAGCUGGGAUCCGUGUUCCACGUCCUUGUGCCAUGUUUAUCACCAUCACCCAGAUCUUGCAGAUGUUCAUGGGCAUUGUGGUGAACAGCCUGGUAUAUUAUUGGAAACAGGAUGGGGGUUGCAAAAGUACAACGGAAAAUAUAUUCUGGUCAAGCAUGAUGUACCUGAGUUACCUAAUACUCUUUUGCAGUUUCUUCAUUAAGGCAUAUAUGAAGGAACCAGAAAAAAAGAAAAAUGAAUAAACAGCCUUCGUUGAGCUUGACACGUGUCUUAGCGCAAAGUUCCGCUAUCAAUACAUUUCCAACUCAAAUAUGACAGGAAAAUAUACAUUUAUAUUUUUUAGAUUGUUUUUUUUAUUAUUUUUUUUUUAUUAUUAAGGUGUUAAAUGUUCAUAUUGAAAAACGAUAACCUUUUUUUUUUUUCUUUUAAAUAAGUACAAAUGCUUAAUUGCCAACAUUACAUGUGACAUUUUGGCAAGAAACGUCAAUCAUAUUAGUUUAACUAUGUGUUCAUAUUUGAAAGCAAAUAAGUGACUGGUGCAAGUAUAAAAGACAGCGACCGGAGAUUUUGCAUAAAUGCACUUGUUCUAAAUUUUAAGUUAUCAAAAAAGGCACUAGAAACCUCACUGACAAAUCCAGAUACCAUAUAGUUAAGGUAUUAAAUGGUAGUUUGCUUUGUUUUAUUGAAAUCACACUCAUGUGGUUUAACAUAUCAGUGAUAUCCUUAAUUUAAUGUAACAUAAAAUAGAAUACAGUGCUUCACUAUUUAAUAUUAUAU